AAAUAUUUUCGUUGGAAAAACGUUUUAUGAGUUUGAGUUUCUCUAACUUCUCCGGUCCGCGGGUCCUACGGACCAACUCCACCGCCACUUCGGCGUCACUGUAACUACUUCGACGGCACCGCUUACCGGAAACCGUGCCGUUUCCGGAAAAUUUCUCCGCCAGGGCCGCCGGAGGUCUUUCCACCGGGAACCGCUUACUGCAUUCGAAGUUCGUUAAUCAUUGCGCAUUUUUGCAGCACAGGUUACCAAUACAACCAGUUGCUCAGAUGGAUCUUCAUACUGAAGAGUUGCCUCAGUACAUACAUAUGAAUCAGAAUGAGUUUUGCAUACGAAGGCAUAAGAAGCAGAAGGAGGAGGAUAUUGCUAUAUGUGAAUGCAAAUAUGAUGCUGAUGACCCUGACAAUGCAUGUGGGGAUAGCUGCCUGAAUGUAUUAACCAGCACUGAAUGCACCCCUGGUUAUUGCCCUUGUGGUGUCUUAUGCAAAAAUCAGAAAUUUCAGAAAUGUGAAUAUGCAAAAACAAAGUUGUUUAAAACUGAAGGCCGUGGAUGGGGUCUUUUGGCUGAUGAGGAUAUUAAGGCAGGACAAUUUGUCAUUGAAUACUGUGGAGAAGUAAUAUCAUGGAAAGAAGCCAAACGUAGAUCCCAGGCUUAUGAAAAUCAAGGUCUUAAAGAUGCAUUUAUUAUUUGCCUUAAUGCAUCUGAAUCUAUUGAUGCAACCAGGAAAGGAAGCCUUGCUAGAUUUAUAAAUCAUUCCUGUCAACCGAACUGUGAGACGAGAAAAUGGAAUGUGUUGGGGGAAAUAAGAGUCGGAAUAUUUGCAAAACAUGAUAUUCCUAUUGGAAAUGAAUUAGCUUAUGAUUAUAAUUUUGAAUGGUUUGGUGGUGCCAAGGUUCGUUGCCUCUGUGGUGCACUCAAAUGUUCUGGAUUCCUUGGAGCAAAAUCUCGUGGUUUUCAAGAGGAUACUUAUCUAUGGGAAGAUGAUGAUGACAGGUAUUCAGUUGAGAAAAUUCCUGUAUAUGAUUCUGCAGAGGAUGAACCGGUGUCAAAUUUUAAUGGACGAACCGAACCCUCUUUGGAUGUUAUGGUUAAAGCUGAACAAUUAUUGGAGUCCACUGCUUUCCAUGUUCAGCCCCUUGAUUCAGUUCAGAUGAAAGAUUUAGAUGUGAAGAAGAUUAAAACUGAUGUAGCAGAUGAGCAUAUGAACUUGUACUACCAGGAUGGUGAACAGACCCUUUCACAAAAGAAUGCAAUAUCACGUAUCCGAAGUAAUACUGCAGGCAGAAACUAUCUUCUUGGACCUAGGUCCAUGUCUACCAAAAGAUCAAGGUCAUAUAAUGGCGUUAGGUUUAAAAAUCUCACAGAGAAGAAAAUCGAUGCUAAGUUUGCUGCUGCCCUCCUAGCAUUCAAGGAAGCACAAGAGGAGAUUUUAAAUUGUGAGAAAAUAAAGGACGAUGCUACAUCUGCUCUUGAUUCCUUAUACGAUGAAAUACGGCCUGCCAUUGAAGAGCACGAGAGGGAUAGCCAAGACAGUGUAUCCACCACUGUAGCAGAGAAGUGGAUACAGGCUUGCUGCCUGAAAUUGAAGGCGGAGUUUGACCUUUACUCAUCAAUUGUCAAAAAUGUUGCUUGCACUGCGCAAAGGGCACCUGGCCAAGGAAAACCUACUGAAGUUGAUAACGAAAACGAAAUUAAGCUCUUGACAGGUUGAAAUUCUUAUCACAUUUUUUCCCCAUAUAUAAUCUGUAAUUUACAGUGUCACAAAAUAUAUGGGAUUCUUUUUAAAAAUUCAUAAAAUAGAUAAUCUGUGACUCGAUGAAAUAAUCCUUACUAUAAUUUUUUUUAUUUAUUAUUUUGCCUUUUUCUGCCUGUCGAUUUUUGUUUUUGUUUUUAUGGGAAUGAAAAAAGAAAAACUUCUGUCUGUAUGCAAUAUUAUGGAUGUCGCCCUUUAAUGUAUUUUCUCAGCAUAACACAGAUGGGAUAUUCUCAUAGAGAUCAA